GUUCUAUGUCCAGCCUGCCUGCAGCCUGGGAAGAACUUACCAUCCAACUGGAGAGAGGCCCCCCUCACUAAACGCUGGUUGUAUGGCCUAUUUGUGGCCAUUGACACAAAUUUCCAGCUGAAAUGUAAAGUUGUGUCAAAAGAUAGCUUGGACCCUAGCCUUAGUAAUGGCUGGGGA